AAAAACCAAAAUUUUAAAUCCACAACUCCGAAAAAAAAAAAAAAAAGUCAUAAUUUCAAGAAGAGAUUUGAUUCCGCAAGAAAACGACCAUAUCAUAAGAACAAAAAAAUAAUGUAUUAAUGGAAAAUGAAGCAACAACGUAACGUUUAACCAAUCAGCCCCUUAUAGAUUUCCCAAGCUCCACACCUGAACUCAGCUUUAAUUUAACCAUGAUUUCUCCACGCCCUCCUUUCUUCUUCUUCUUCUUCUUCUCUGCAAUUCUCCACCUAUCCUCCUCUUCCUCAGCAUCCAUAUCCAUCUAUCCCCAGGUUCUACCCAAAUCCGGCGACCCAGUACGAAUCAACUGGACCGGCAUCGACUCCCCCUCCGAUCUAGACUGGCUCGGCAUCUACUGCCCCCCAGACUCCCCCUCCGACGACUUCAUCGGCUACGUCUUCCUCUCCUCCUGUCCAACAUGGCAAUCAGGGUCGGGCUCGGUCCAUCUCCCUCUGGUCAACCUGCGAUCGCCCUACGAGUUCCGGAUCUUCCGGUGGGCUCGGGACGAAAUCGACAAGAAGCGGCACGACCACGACCACAACCCCUUGCCGGGGACGAAGCACCUGCUGGCGAAGUCGGGUCCGCUGCGGUUCGAGGCGGGUCGCGGGCCGGAGCAGAUCCAUUUGGCUUAUACGGACAGGGAUGAUGAGAUGAGGGUGAUGUUCAUCACGGGUGAUGGGAAGGAGAGUUUGGUGAGGUAUGGGUUGGGGGAAGAUCGGAUGAGUGAGGUUGUGGGGACUCAGGUGACGACGUAUCGGAGCGAGGAUAUGUGUGAUUCGCCGGCCAAUUCUAGUGCUGGGUGGAGAGAUCCGGGGUACAUACAUGAUGGGGUUAUGAGGAAUUUGAAGAAAGGGAAGAGAUAUUAUUAUCAGGUUGGAAGUGAAUCUGGGGGUUGGAGCAUAACUCACAGCUUUAUGUCAAGAAAUGGGGAUUCUGAUGAAACAAUAGCUUUCCUCUUUGGAGACAUGGGAGCUGCAACACCAUACUCCACCUUUAUUCGUACACAGGAUGAAAGCAAAUCAACUAUAAAAUGGAUACUCCGUGACCUAGAAACUCUUGGUGAAAAACCCGCCUUUGUCUCACAUAUUGGUGAUAUCAGCUAUGCAAGAGGCUACGCAUGGCUGUGGGAUACCUUUUUCACACAGAUUGAACCUGUGGCCUCCAAAGUCCCUUACCAUGUGUGCAUUGGUAAUCAUGAGUAUGACUGGCCAUUGCAGCCUUGGCGACCUGACUGGUCCACAACAAUAUAUGGAAAAGAUGGAGGUGGUGAAUGUGGUGUGCCCUACAGCCUCAAGUUCAACAUGCCGGGUAACUACUCAGAACCAACUGGAACUCGUGCCCCAGCCACUCGGAACCUCUUCUACUCUUUUGAUAUGGGUGUAGUGCAUUUUGUGUACAUAUCAACGGAGACUAAUUUUCUUCCAGGAAGCAGCCAAUAUAACUUCAUAAAACAAGAUUUGGAGUCUGUUGAUAGGAAGAGAACUCCUUUUGUGGUUGUCCAAGGACACAGACCAAUGUACACGACAAGCAAUGAGUACAGGGAUACCCCCAUAAGGGUGAGACUGCUCAAACACUUGGAACCAUUGUUUGUGAAGAACAAUGUCACUCUUGCAUUGUGGGGUCAUGUCCAUAGAUAUGAGAGGUUUUGUCCACUGAAUAACUUUACUUGCGGAAGCAUGGGCCUGAAAGGAGAGGACUGGGAAGCAUUACCUGUACAUGUUGUGAUUGGAAUGGGGGGGCAAGACUGGCAACCCAUAUGGGAACCCAGAGCAGACCACCCAAAUGAUCCGAUCUUCCCACAACCAGAACGAUCCAUGUAUCGUGGGGGUGAGUUUGGGUACACUAGAAUUGUUGCUUUAAGGGAGAAGCUGACACUCUCUUAUGUAGGAAAUCAUGAUGGGGAAGUGCAUGAUAUGGUUGAUAUUUUGGCAUCAGGACAAGUUCUCAGUGGUAAUGGAGGUGAUGGUGCUGCUGAAAAUGGUGAAGUGGUGGGGUCUAAAUCUGCUGAAAACAGGGGUGAGGUGGUGGAGCCUAAAUUUUCGUGGUAUGUUAAGGGAGCUGGUGUCUUGGUGCUUGGUGCGUUUAUAGGCUACAUGAUUGGGUUUUUAUCACAUUCCAGGAAAGGAGCUGGCUCAAGAAAGGAUUGGAUGCCAGUGAAGAAUGAGGAAACAUAAAAACCCCCGUGUUGUUGUAGCAUGUUGCCUCACAAAAGAAGUGAAGGUCUGAGUUUUGUAUGAUGUGUCAAAUCUUCAAAACGUUAUUGCAUAUGGGCAUAAAGGUGUAUUGAUAAGAAAUGAUACCCUUGUGUAGUAUUUGGGAGUAUGAAUUUGGAGUUUUGCAUCUGGAUUUGUGGGGAUUUGAAUAAAAUUCAAUACAAUUUUGUAUUGUAUUUUUUUCAAAUUUUCUCAUUCAAAUCAAAGGUCUAAAAUCUAAACUCCAAAACACAAGGCCAGAGUAUUUGGAGUAAUUGUAUUUGUAAGCAUAUAUUUGUUGUAUUGUCUUAUAAACUCGUCCAAGUGUCUGUAGAUAUGAAUUUUUUUUUUGUCAUUUGGAUUUUUAUGUGAAUUGAUGAUGAUACGAGUGUUUAUAUGGUCAAA